GGGGGUGGGUGGGUGUGAGGAGGGAGGUGGGUCUGUAUAAAACCGAAACCCCUCCUUGCCCUCGACGCUCUCAGAGAAGGGAGAGAGAGUUAAGGGAAGUGUUCUUUCUGUUGUUUUCCCCCCCCUCUCCAUUCCUUUGAUCCCUUUCAGCUUCGCCAAGAUGUCGAAAGGCCACACCACGGACACCACUAAGCUGGGGGUGGGCCGGUCCAUCGCUGUGCUAACAUCUGGAGGAGAUGCCCAAGGUAUGAACGCAGCUGUGAGGGCCACAGUCAGAGUCGGCCUGUACACUGGAGCUAAGGUCUUCUUUGUCCAUGAGGGCUACCAGGGCCUGGUUGAUGGAGGGCAGAACAUUCGCCCCGCUACCUGGGAGAGUGUGUCCAUGAUGCUGCAGCUGGGUGGCACCAAAAUUGGCAGUGCCCGUUGCAUGGAUUUCAUGGUGAGGGAGGGACGCUUGAAGUCUGCCUGCAACCUGGUCAAACUGGGCAUCACCAACCUCUGUGUGAUCGGAGGUGAUGGGAGCCUGACUGGAGCUAACCUGUUCCGCAGUGAAUGGAAAGAGCUGCUAUUGGACCUGGUCAAAUCUGGCCAGAUCACCGACGCACAGGCGAAGGCCUCCGCCCACCUCAACAUCGUGGGCAUGGUAGGCUCCAUCGACAACGACUUCUGCGGCACUGACAUGACCAUCGGCACCGACUCCGCCCUGCACCGCAUCAUGGAGGUGGUGGACUGCAUCACCACAACAGCCCAGAGCCACCAGAGGGCCUUCAUCAUGGAAGUGAUGGGAAGACAUUGUGGCUACCUGGCCCUGGUCACAGCUCUGGCUUGCGGGGCAGACUGGGUGUUUAUUCCAGAGAUGCCCCCAGAGGACGGUUGGGAGGACCACAUGUGCAGGAGGAUGAUGGAUACCCGAUCCAGAGGCUCCCGCCUGAACAUCAUCAUCGUGGCGGAGGGGGCCAUGAACAGACAGGGCAAGCCCAUCACCAGCGACCAGAUCAAAGAUCUGGUCUCUAAGAGGCUGGGCUUUGACACUCGUGCCACAGUCCUGGGGCACGUACAGAGAGGAGGAACCCCUUCUGCCUUUGACAGAAUUUUGGGCAGCAGAAUGGGACUCGAGGCCGUGAUGGCUCUGCUGGAGGCCACCCCUGAGACCCCUGCCUGUGUGGUGAGCCUGUCAGGAAACCAGGCUGUCCGACUUCCCCUCAUGGAGUGCGUGCAAGUGACAAAGGAUGUCACCAAAGCCAUGGCAGAAGGCAGAUUUGAGGAUGCUGUCAAGCUCAGGGGCAAGAGCUUUGAGAAUAACUGGAUCACAUAUAAAUCCCUGGCACACGUGCAUCGCCCAAAUGUCAAGAGUAACAUCAACAUUGGCAUUGUACACGCGGGCGCCCCCUGCGCUGGCAUGAACGCGGCCGUGCGUUCCGCUGUGAGGAUGGGCAUUCUCCAGGGCCACAACAUGUUCGCAAUCCACGAUGGCUUUGAGGGCUUGGCCCUUGAACAGAUUGAACCAAUCACUUGGAAUGAUGUGGGCGGCUGGUCAGGGAAGGGAGGCUGUUAUUUGGGCACAAAGAGACUUCUCCCAGGAAAAAUGAUGGAGCAGAUUAGCCUUAGCAUUGCCAAGAACAAUAUUCAUGCCCUAAUCAUCAUCGGUGGCUUUGAGGCGUAUAGCGGUGGGCUGGAGUUGGUGAGGGGCAGGGAGCUGUACGAGGAGUUGUGCAUCCCCAUGGUGGUCGUCCCCGCCACCGUCUCCAACAAUGUGCCUGGAUCUGACUUCACCAUCGGUGCCGACACGGCCCUCAACGCAAUCACUACAACAUGUGACAGGAUUAAGCAGUCGGCUGCGGGCACUAAGCGCCGGGUGUUCAUCAUUGAGACCAUGGGCGGCUACUGUGGCUACCUGGCUACCAUGGCAGGCCUAUCAGGAGGAGCUGACGCUGCCUACAUCUAUGAGGAAAAAUUCACCAUUGCCGAUCUGGAGGCAAAUGUACAGCAUCUGUUGGAGAAGAUGAAGACCACAGUAAAAAGAGGUUUAAUUCUCAGGAAUGAGAGCUGCAACGCAAAUUACACAACUGACUUCAUCUUCAACCUCUACUCUGAGGAAGGAAAGGGAAUCUUUGACUGCCGUAAGAACGUCCUGGGACACAUGCAACAGGGCGGAUGCCCGACGCCUUUCGACAGGAACUUUGCCACCAAGAUGGGAUGUAAGGCUGUCCUCUGGUUGACCGAUAAGAUGAAGGAGUGCUACAGACACGGCCGUAUCUUCGCCAACACUCCAAACUCUGCGUGUGUGCUCGGCAUGAGGAAGAGAGGCCUGCUUCUCCAGCCUCUGGGAGAUCUGGCCAAAGACACUGAUUUUGAGCACCGCCUCCCAAAAUCACAGUGGUGGCUAAAACUGAGGCCCGUGAUGAAGAUCCUGGCUCACUACAAUGUGACUUUGGACACAGAACACACCGCGAUGGAGCAUGUCAUAGGGAAAAGAGUCUAAACCCGCCUAAGUCAAUGGAGGACAAAACAGCAAAGUGGUUUACCAUAACAAAAGCCAUGUUGUCAUAUUUAGUUUUUUUUUUGCUCACAAACUGCUAAUACAGGAUUAAACACAACUAUCCCCAUAUCUACAAACUGAUUGAAAUGAUGGUCAUUUCGGCUCUCCCUGCUUUAUGACUCUCGUGUGAUCUACCUCUUUAUUGUGUCCAUUUUACUCCUCUGUGCCUCCGAUUAUAUCUUUGCACUCAUUGGGCUCCACUGUGUGGCCAAAACAAAUGCAGGUUCAUCAUUAAGACAAACCCUGAUUUAUAAAGGGGAAUAUUGUGUGGUUAGACUCCCAUACGAGUCUGGACCCCUAGUGCUGAGCUCUAGGCCAACGAGCUGAAGAAGUUGAGGUUAACUAUGAAAAUGUCAUUCAACAAUAAAACAGUCUUCAGAA